GCAAAAUGGCGAUUUGCUCAAAAUUAAAGAUUUUGAAUUUUUCAACAAAUUACAUCAUAUUUGCUUAUAUCUGAGUAAGCACAGUAGUUUUGACAUGCAAAAGUAUUCCAAAUAAGACGUUGAUAGUAAAUGACACGAUAUGGACUGAAUCAUGGGUCAGAGUAUAGUAAAUAUUCCAUUUUUACUCAGAGGACAUUUGAAAGAUUUCAAAAUAAAACAUUUAAAUUUGAAUCUACUUUUCAAGCAGAAACAUUUUCAUCAGAAUAUCAGGUAUUUUACUAGACAAAGCUAUUUAUUUGGGCGCUUAUCUAACGGUGCUGGGGCAAGUCUUUACGACUUUGCUAAACGCCACAAACCAAGGAUGACAAACUCUACCAUCAUCGGUGAUAUUGAGAUUUACCCUUGGUCAAUUUCGGGUAUAGAGACUUCAAUCUCUAUUCACAAAGACAAUCUCAAUGUAGCAUUUGACAUGGGAUUCUCUCAUAGAGAGGCAGUACGAUGUCCCUACGUUUUUAUAAGUCAUGGCCACAUUGAUCAUAUAGCAGCCAUACCACAGCAUGCAGCGAAGAGAGAUCUCUAUUCCAUGAAACCUGCCACGUAUUAUAUGCCAGGCUCACUAAUUGACAGCGUUAAAAAGAUUUGUGAUAGCUUCUCCGAUAUGCAUGAACACUUAGAAUCUUUGACUAAUAUCAAUCUGCAACCUAUUGAGCUUGGGGAAUCCAUUCAGUUUGCCCCUAAUUGGACAGUGGAGCCAUUCGCUACAAAACACCGGGUUGAGAGCCAAGGUUAUAUACUGUAUCACCAGAGGAAACAUCUCAAAGAAGAAUACAAGAAGUUAUCUAGCCAGGAGAUUGGAAAACGGGUCAGAGCAGGAGAACAAGUGCAUAAUGUUGUACGCACACCAGAAAUAGCAUAUACAGGAGACACAAUGUUUGAUAUUUUCCACAACCCUGACAAUGGAGACCUUCUCAAAGUGAAACUCCUGAUCACUGAGUGUACAUACAUUGACAAUGAAGUAGACUUCAAAGGGAAGACAUCAGUUGAGAAGGCCAGAGAAAGAGGCCAUACUCAUCUCCAAGAGAUUGUAGUUAAUUUGGACAUACUGCAGGAUGUACAGAGUAUUAUGCUUGUACAUUUCAGUGAUAAAUACUCAAGUAGAUUCAUACAAGAGACUGUUAUGCAAUCGGUGCCAGCUGAAAUGAGGCAUAAAGUAUUCGUGUCAACUUUAGCUAAAGAGCUUUUAUGACAUCAUUCAUCUUUAGGUAUUAAGUCUAGCUAUACAAGCUCCUUUGACACAAGUUGUUAAGAGUUGAUAGUCAGUAGAUAGAUUUUCAAAGUCCAUGUAAUUGGAACAUAUCUACAUUCAUGGAUUUCCUCCUUGACCCUAGACAUACUACUGCUAAAGUACAAAUGAUUUUACAAAGCUGAAAUAAUUGACCACACGGACACAUUCAUAAGUAGUAGGCUAGUUCACAACUAAAUGGUGGCUACAGGAAAAUGUUAGGGAAAUAUUACCCAUACUUACAUUAUGGGUAUUUAGUCUCAUCAAACAGAAGUGCCAUCGGAAAAUCUGAAAUGCUUUUUAAAUUGUGUUACUUAGCAUAGGGCCAAUUAUGCCUUUGAUUUUUAUGUCAUGUCAAUGUAUUCUAAAAUGUAGUCAACACAAAACGUUUAUUUAUACUAUUUUAUUGAAACAAUUCAUGACUUUACGUUUGUCAAUUUUGAUUGUCUUUAAAAUGGAAA